UAACAAAUUAGACACUAAUGAUAAUAUAGUAAGGUUAUUAAUUAAUUAUAAAAACACCACUAUUACCUUACUAGAUCUUUCUUAUAUCAAACUUAGCUUUGAAGAAGUAAGAAUACUAGCAGAUUUUCUUUGUAAAAAUACUUGCUUAACCUCAUUAAGUCUUUAUAAUUGUGGGCUUGGUUCUGAGAAAGUAAAAAUAUUGGCAGAGACUCUUUAUAAGGAUACAACUCUAUCAUCUCUAAAUCUUACCUUUAAUGAAUUUG